UUGUCGAGGACUAUCGGAAACUACCGAGUCUGACUGCGAGCUACGCCUUCCCCCACGUACGCCACGCCCAAUUGGCCACCGCAACCAGAAGGCUGGGCGUGGCGUGACGGUGCGUUACGUGGAUGGGCUGCUGUCUGGAUUCGCUGCUCAGUUUUCCGUUCUGGAUUAAUUGGUUCCUCCUCCACGGAAGACCCCGACAAGGUAGUAUGCCUCCCAAGAAGCCAGAGCCUAAGAAGGAGGUGCCCAAGGCAGCCCCAGCGGCAGCCCCUCCUCCUGCCCCUGCUCCUGCCCCAGCCCCGGAGGCCCCCAAGGAACCUGCCUUUGACCCCAAGAGUAUAAAGAUAGACUUCACUGCUGACCAGAUCGACGAGUUUAAAGAGGCCUUUUCAUUGUUUGACCGGACCCCAACUGGAGAGAUGAAGAUCACCUACGGGCAGUGCGGGGACGUGCUGCGGGCCCUGGGCCAGAACCCCACCAAUGCUGAGGUGCUACGUGUCCUGGGCAAGCCCAAGCCCGAAGAGAUGAACACCAAGAUGCUGGACUUUGAGACGUUCCUGCCCAUCCUGCAGCACAUCUCCCGCAACAAAGAGCAGGGCACCUACGAGGACUUUGUGGAGGGGUUGCGUGUUUUUGACAAGGAGAGUAAUGGCACGGUCAUGGGUGCUGAGCUUCGGCACGUCCUUGCAACCCUGGGAGAGAAGAUGACUGAGGCUGAAGUGGAGCAGCUGUUAGCUGGACAAGAGGAUGCCAAUGGCUGCAUCAACUACGAAGCCUUUGUCAAGCACAUCAUGUCUGGGUGAAGUGGACUCCCCCGAGGUGCCUGGCCCUUGGCCUUAGCCUUAACUCGGAGUUAGCAAGAGGCUCCGAGUGACUGAGCUGGAGCUGGAGUCUUGGACCUAUCACUGCACCCCAGCCCCAAGGACCUUGUAGCCCCAGAGCC